AUGGUUGGCCUUAGGUUGCUCUGGUGGCUCUGCCAUUUGGCAAUUGUACUUCCCAGCUCCUCUAGCAAAACGCGCAUAGUAGGCGGCAAGGAGACAACUAUUUCGGAGGUUCCGUACCUGGUUUACCUGCGGCAAGAUGGUUACUUUAUCUGCGGAGGAUCCCUAAUCUCCAGCAGAGCAGUCCUAAGUGCAGCACAUUGUGUUUAUGGAUCGCAGCCGGAGGGAUUCACGGUUCACGCCGGCGCGAGUCGUUUGGACCAAGAAGCUCCAGUGGUUCGCAAUGUAGUUAUGUUCCAUACUUCGCCUAGCUACUCUGCCACCAACUUCGACAUGGACGUAGCAUUGUUGCAGUUGCAGGAAGUCGUUUUCUUAAUCUCCGGUAAAGUCGCCACCAUUAGUCCUUGUCGGAAUCCGCCGGAGGGUAAUGCGUAUGCCAGGAUCAGUGGUUGGGGAGUGACCCGCGAGAAUAACCGUGAACCUGCCGAACAGGUCCGCACCACCAUGGUGCGAGUGCUUCCAGGAGCAGAAUGUAAGCUCUCAUAUUCCGGAUAUGGUCAACUGAGCGAUUCCAUGCUAUGCGCCGCCGUGCGCGGUCUUCGCGAUUCCUGCUCUGGAGAUUCCGGAGGUCCUUUGGUCUACCGCGGUCAGGUUUGUGGCAUUGUCUCCUGGGGAUUCGGCUGCGCCCGACCUUCCUUUCCGGGUGUUUACACCGAUGUGGCUAGCGAAAGGGUUCAUGACUUCAUAGAACAAACUCUACGCAGGAUUGGAUAA